AUGACUACUGUACGAUUGCGGGUGAUGCAAGAUUUAGUUUACAAAAGCGACACAAAAUGUAAAUCGCAACUUCGCCUCGAUAAACUAACUUUUCGAAUACUUUGCCAUAAGCUGCGCACUAUAAGCGGACUAGAAUACAAUAGGAAUUGUGAUGUUGAAGAAGUGGUUGUGAUAUUUUUGUAUGUAAUUGCACAUCACCAUAAGAAUAGAGUUGUAGGGUUUAUGUUCAAGCGAUCUGGAGAAACCAUUAGCAGAUAUGUAAAGACGAUGUUGAAAGGAGUUAUUAGGCUUCAAGGGGAGUUGCUUAAACAACCAGUUGCAGUGGCUACAAGUUCUAUUGAUGAGAGAUGGAAUUGCUUCAAGAACUUCCUAGGGGCAUUAGAUGGAACACAUAUUAGUACCCAUGUGGCAACCGAAGACAAGCCUAGGUAUCGUACAAGGAAGAGUGCAAUUGCAACUAAUGUAUUAUGUGUGUGCUCCCAUAACUUGGAGGUUAUAUAUGUAUAUUCUGGCUGGGAAGGUUCAGCUGCCGAUUCUCGUGUACUUAGAGAAGCAAUAUACAAAAAGAAUGGCGUAGAAGUUCCACAAGUCUUGCACAUCUGUCAUGACAAUGGAACAAGAUAUUCAUGUUCUCAUGCAAAUGCAAAGGGACUGUAUGGUAAAGCAUUCCCUCAUUUAGAUGCAUUAGUUGAGAUAUUUGGUGAAGAUAGGGAAAAUGGUAAAGGGGCUGCUUCACUUACUGAAGAGCUAGAAGAGAUAGAGAAAAAAGACGAAUAA